UUGGCUACAGAUGAUUAUCGUGAGGAAAUGAUAUUUACUGAUGAUCAUUUAGGCUUUAGGCUGCUUUUCAUCUUUUUCAGCGUUUUAGAGGAUGUUUGUAUUGCAUUCAGACUUCAUGCAGUAGGAAGUUAGUGCACAGCUGUGUGUGUGUGUGUGUGUGUGCAGCGUAGGAGAGGAAAGGAGAAGUCGAAAUGACUGGCUCCAGUGAGCGGCGCGCUCGUGCACCCCUGAGGAGGAGUUUUUAACUGCUCGCUCGCGCUCUCUCUCUCUGCCUCUUUGCCUCUCUCUCUCUCUCUCUCUCUCUCUCACUCACACACCCACAUACAGCCUGACACGCACGCGCCACAGCUCUCGCGCUCUCGCUCUCGGCAGUCAGUCGUGUAGUCGCGAGCGGCGAGUUGCGGCGGCGCGCGCGGGAUGCUCUCGUGGCCGGUGUGUGUGCACAGGAGCGCUGCGAUUCCUCGUGCGUAGAGCUGGCGGGCACCGUGGCUGGGAGGUCGGCUUGCGACUAUCCUCCUCCUCAUCCUCCUCAUCCUCCUCCUCAUCCUCAUCCGUCUCAUCUUCAUCCUCAUCCAGCCGCUGGUCCCUGCGGCGCGGCAACCGAGAGCGACAGCAUGGUGGCCAAGGAUUACCCGUUUUACCUGGUGGUGAAGAGAACGAACUGCUCGCUCGAGGUGCAGACGGUGAGCAGCACGAGCAAAGAAGCCGAGGAGCCUAGCAACAAGCGAGCGAAGCCUCUGUCUCGAGUCACGUCGCUGGCUAACCUCAUCCCGCCGGUGAAAGCUGCCCCGCUGAAGCGUAUCGGACAGACACUGCAGCGCUCCAUCAGCUUCCGCAGUGAAAGCAGGACGGAGAUCAUGCCUCCUCGGCCAUGGAGCAGACAGGCCCCGGCGGCCAACACCAAGCGCAGAGACAGCAAGCUGUGGAGCGAGACCUUCGAUGUAGGACUGGGACAGAUGCUGUCCUCGAAAGAGAUAAAAAGGCAGGAGGCCAUUUUUGAGCUGUCUCAAGGAGAGCAGGACCUGAUUGAAGACCUCAAGCUGGCCAAAAAGGCCUACCAUGACCCUAUGCUGAAGCUCUCCAUCAUGACGGAACACGAGCUCAAUCAGAUAUUCGGCACCCUGGAUUCUCUCAUCCCGCUGCACGAAGAUCUGCUGAGUCGCCUUAGAGAGGCCAGGAAACCCGAUGGCUCUACAGACCACGUGGGCCACAUUUUAGUGAACUGGCUGCCCUGUCUGGACUCCUACAACAGCUACUGCAGUAACCAGGUGGCCGCAAAAGCCUUACUGGACCAUAAAAAGCAGGACCACCGGGUGCACGACUUCCUGCAGCGCUGUCUGGAGUCGCCCUUCAGUCGCAAGCUGGACCUGUGGAACUUUCUGGACAUCCCACGCAGCCGGCUUGUCAAAUAUCCACUGCUGCUACGUGAGAUUCUCAAACACACACCUAACGACCACCCGGACCGCCAGCAUCUGGACGAGGCUAUCAACAUGAUCCAGAGCAUCGUGGCUGAGAUUAACAUCAAGACGGGCGAGUCAGAGUGCCGUUAUUAUAAAGAGCGUCUGCUCUACCUGGAGGAGAGCCAGAGAGACCUCCUGAUCGACAGCUCCCGCAUUCUCAGCUGCCAUGGAGAGCUGAAGAACAACAGAGGAGCUAAGCUACACGUGUUCCUGUUCCAGGACGUGUUGGUGAUCACGCGGGCCGUCACUCAUAACGAGCAGCUCUGCUAUCAGCUCUACCGGCAGCCCAUCCCGGUGCGGGAUCUAGAGUGGGAGGACCUGCAGGACGGUGAGAUCCGCCUGGGUGGCUCCAUCAGAGGGGCUUUCAGCAACACUGAGAGGACCAAGAACUUUUUCCGGGUGACGUUCCGCAGCGGAGGUCAACUCCAGUCCCACUCCUUCCAAGCCAGUGACACAUUCAACAAGCAACAGUGGCUGAACUGCAUACGGCAAGCUAAAGUAGCGAUCGGCUCUCAGCCUUCCCAGCACACGGCUCCCGUUCUGGACAAAACUGAGGAGCGUAUGGACCAAAGCGACAGUGACUCCUCAGACUGUAGCAUGGACACUAGCGAUCCCGGUGCUGAGGCUGGAACACAGCUGAUGGAACACACACACGUGGACGUGUGAACGCCGCGCUGUCAUCGUUACGUGAUCGGACAUCUGCAAUCAUCUCUGCUCACCAAGCCAACCUGUACAGUAUUGUCAUGGAGAAGCCGUCUGUACUUCAGUAGAAGCCACAGAGUAGAGAGAGCACUACUUUUUCCGCCACUACUUUAUUUUCAUGUCUCUUUCUAUCUGUCUGUCUCUCUCUGUGGUGCAUUCUGUCGCACUCCCAACUGUGAAACUGUGUCAGGUUUCCUGUUGUCUGAACAGGACUCGGGUGAAGAGGACUCACUACUUUGUCAUUCCUCAUAGAGCGAACUAAAAGCAGCCCUCUGAGGAGAGGAAAGAUUCCACGUUGAAAGAUGUGUGUUAUAUUUAUGUCCACGUACUGUGUUAUGUCUGCAAUAACCACCCAGACAAAACGACCAGAAGAAUGUUUUCACGACAAUCAAGAAGUGGCGUUUUGGUGGCUCACAGUGUUUUAAAGCCUAAAGGGUUAUACUGACGUUUCUACAGUUAUUCGAGACCAGUCUUGAAGUCCUCGAGGUCUCAAUGCUUUCCGUGUUCACAAAAGCAAGACGUGAGGAGAGUGAAGCCAAAACCUUGCAGCUUUGUGAUGAGCGUGUUUCUACACGUCUUGUGUAUGUGUAUCCAUCCUGUCGUCCGAGCGCAGAUAAACUGCGUCCACAUUAAUUAAAUAAAAGCUGUAGUCAUCAUGCUGUUCCCCACAAAGACUAGGUUUUAAUUAGAUGAGCUGCAUCCAGUCAGAAAACAGAGGCCGAUUUCAUUAAAGCACUUUUGAUUGAAAAUAAAAAAAUAUUAGCCUGUUUGGCAGAAACAUCAGGUAACCAGCAAAAGAAUAAACAACAGAAACAUCAGUUUUGUGAAAAUGUAGCAGACGCUUUCACUUGGUGUAAAGUUGUAAUCGCUUGUGCCAUGCCGCUCAGCAUAGCUAGUGUCUUUUUCCCAGGUGUCGUGUGGAUGUGUGUGUGCCAGUGUAUCGCAUCAUGCUCUGCUAAAAGCAUUGCCAAAAAGUGUUUUAAUCCUGUGUGAGUUUACCUGUGGGGUCUCGUUGUUUUGUUCCACGUUUGAGGAAUCGGCAUUGCCACUAUAGAAAUUAUUCAAAAUACAGUAUAAUGUUUUUAAUGAUUUUUUUCUUUUUUUUUUUUUUUUAAAGAAAUGUAUUAAAAUUUAUGCAGUAGUGUGGUUAUUUAUAGCUUAUUUUUCACUUGACCUAACUAUGCUGUUCUUUUAUUUCAAGUGCUCAUAGAACAGGAAGUGUUACUGCAGGUGAGUGAAAUAGGGUUUAUCCGAUUGGAUUUACGGACAUGGUUUGAGGGAACGGAAGCAAAGCCAUAUGGAGGGAUACACGUGAAAACGUGAUGACUGUGUUAACACAGUAUGUGUGUGUACUGAUGGAAAGCUGGAAAGUGUGUAAUGAGUACCAAAUAAAUGAUUUAAAACA